CAUGGUGGCCAUGACACUUUGAUAUCUACCAUGAAAGUGGCAAUCAUUUAGUACCAUGGUUUACAUCAAAGUACCAUGGUGUCACCAUCUUAUACACCCCUAUUAUACUUCACAGGUAUACAUGGUAUACUUCACAGAAUACCACGGUAUUACUGUAGUAAAUGUCCAAAAAACAUGGUAAGGGUAUUUUUUGUUAGCGUCAUGAAAGAUAAAAAAACACUGAGAAUCAAAUCUUGAAUCUUAAUUCAAAAAUUCAUUCAGAUUUUCAGUUUCAAUGUGUGGUAACUAGGUAAUUAGGUCAACCUCCUCCCCAAAUAGAAACAUUUCUCAUUGGUUUUGCCUUUCUGCUCUCUCUCAGUCUCUUCAUUGUUUGAGCUUCUUCCUGGCUAGUGAGGCUUUAGAGGACCUUCUCCGUGUGAAGCACAGUUCUCACGUUACAGGUCAUUGUACCUGCACUGAAUAGUGUCAAAAUGGACUUUUCCCCCUUCUCUAAAGCAAAUCAGGUUACACAAGAUUCAGAAAAAAUGGGUUGUGGUUAUUACAGUACACCCUGUCCCACAGUGGAUAUGAAGUCACUUCUAUUAUAAACAGUAGGCUAAUUGUCAGUGUUAAUUAUCUUAAAGGGUUAGGUUACCCAAAAAUGACAAUUCUCUUAUCAUUUACUCACUAUCAUGUUGUUUCAAACCUUUCUAAAGUGGAGCAUAAUCUUUUAUGUUCCACAUUAGAACAUAUUUUCUUAUGUGAAUAUAUUUUGGGGUCAAAACAACAAUGGAUUCUUUUGAUUUUCAUUGUAUUAAACUUUUUCAGAAAUGUGUGUGUCUAAGUCUGUCUUUUAGCAUAGGUUUCAUGAAAACAUCAUAAUUUUACUGACAUUUUUCAAAAUCAAAUGUGCAAUGUAAUCUGUGAAUGGUGCCUUGGGAGAAUAUCAUUGUGUUUUUUUGGUUUCAGUCAGGAAAUAUCCUUUACCUGUGGAGAGAUGUGAUUGGCUGGCAGUAGACUUCCAUAGUCAACAGCUCUUCAGGAGGAGUCCAAAGCAUAUAUAUCACCUGAACAACUACAAAUAAAAGCCACCAGUUCUUCCCGCACACAGGCGCUGCACUACAUUUGGAUACAAUCCAUAUCACAUAUAUACAGAAACUCCCUCUCUGGUUCUGCAAGCACAAUGACCUCCAACUUCUCUGUGCACAGUCACUCUCUUGGACGGCAGCCGUCUUUCUCCAGCAUGUCUAUGCGUGAUUUUGGGGUUCGGGGACGCUCUAAAGUCCCAGUGUCCCUCUCCUCAGCCAGUACUCUGUCCCUGUCUCGUUCCACCUCUCUGGGAAAUGGCCUAAACAUCCUAAGCAACCUCUCACUGAAUGGUAUGGGAGUUGGUGCCAGUGAGAAGGAGACCAUGCAGGGUCUAAACGACCGACUUGCCAGCUAUCUGGAAAAGGUUCGCUCUCUGGAGAAGUCUAACGCUGACCUGGAGCUGAAGAUUAAACAGUUGAUGAUUGAGCGAGCACCCAAGGGUCACGACAUUGAGGGAUUGAUGGCUCAAGCACAUGCGAUCGGACAAGAGGUGAGGAAAAAGACGUUGGAAAACGCUCGUAUAAUGCUGGAGAUUGACAAUGCCAAGCUUGCAGCAGAUGACUUUAGGGUCAAAUGGGAGGCAGAAGCUACCCUUUGCCAGUCGGUUGAGAGAGACUGCCAUGCUCUGAGACGAGCAAAAUCUGAUCAUGAUCAGAUCAUCGCAACCCUCCGAGGAGACCUGGACAGUCUGAAAGAGGAGCUCUAUUUCCUGAAGAAGAAUCAAGAUGAGGAGAAGAAUACACUGAAGUCCCGUCUAGCCAACGAGCAAGUAAACGUGGAGGUGGACGCAGCCCAGGGCCCAGACCUGGGAGCCAUCAUGGCAGAGCUAAGGGUGCAGUAUGAGAGCAUCGCACGGAAGAACAAAGAGGAUGCUGAGAUGUGGUAUCUGAAGAAGCUGGAGAACGUGCAGUCGGAGGUGAAGGAGAGUAACGAGGCUCUGCGAUGUGCUCAAAGUGAACUCAAUGAAAGACGACGCUUCCUGCAGGCGUUAGAGGUGGAACUGGACAGUCUGCGCAAACAGGUUGGUGUUCUUGAGGGGAACCUCGGAGAGACGAAUCAGAAGUACACGCUUGAGAUUGAGCGUCUUCAGGGCACACUUACACAGCUGGAGGACGAACUCUCACAGCUGCGCCUGGACAUGCAAAGAAUCAAAACUGAUUACGAGCAGUUACUGCGUAUCAAACAGAAUCUGGAGCUGGAGAUUGCCACCUACCGAAGGCUGCUGGAUGGAGAGGAAGUGAUAAAAGAGAUGCCCACUCCUAAAAAAGAGCCUGAAGUGAGAACCAGGAAGAUUGUCAAGGUGGUCACCCAGACCAUGGUAAAUGGAAAGGUAGUGGAUGAAUCCAGUGAAGUUGAACAGAUUGAAGAACGGAAAAAGUCUGAUUCUGUAAGGCGAGUCGCAAUAGAGCGGGUCAUUUAAAAGUAGCACAGACCGAAAGUCGCACAGUGAAACUAAAUACAUACGAUACUAGCUGAUAUCCUGAAUGAAGUACUAGUUUUAGAGGUAGUGGUAGAAAAAUGAUAUGUAGCUGUGGAUGGGGAUUUGAACCUGUCUGGUCACAGUGUGAGAAACUGAGCCAAACAAUGAAAUCAAGACAGCCUCACUUUGAGAACGAUGACUGAAAAAGCCCUGACACCAAAUCUCUGUAGUAUCAAAUGCCUUGCUUUUGUGAGGGUUUCUAGGUGAAACACCUAAUAUACUUCCACCUCAUCACAGUCCUGGUAAACAAGAGCUUUUACUUUGGUUUGCUCAGAUAAGCUCCACUAUUCUUUUGACAUCCCAGAAAUAUAACAAUUUAAGCACUUAACAAAUGUAUUAAAGUCAUGAACAGCCUGGCUUUCAGUAAAUGCUACAGUGCAAAGAUUAGAUGUGAAUGCGUUGAAUAAUUCUAUUGGCAAUCUUAAUGGAUGCAGGUCAGAAUUUGUUAUUAAUUUUCUAAAAGAUUACUACAACUAAAAUACCGAAUGAAAUGGCUGUAUUUAUCAUUUUUAUUUGCAGUAUUUCAUACCAACCAUAUAUCUAUAAACAUUUAGCUCAUAUUAUGGAAAUGUAACACUUGUGUUAGAACAAGAGCACCAAAAACCACAUUCAGUUAUUUUCACCAUUUGGCAGAUUGAAAUAUGAAAGUGUUUUUUGUACAUCUGACAAAUAAAGGUGUGUGAAAUGCUCAGAGUCACAGUUCAGCAUCUUGCACCCUGCGUAUUACCCCAUAUAAACCAUUGUGCAGAUGGGUAAACAUACUGAUACAUACAAUGAAGCAUUUACAAUAAAUUUUAGACUGAUCAGCCACGGUAUUCGACUCUUGUUUGGUGUCUGUUAUCCCUGAGAAACUUAUGAAACAUUAUUGAUUUUUUUCUGCUUUACCAUUGUAAAUCACAGGCAUUAUUAUUGUAACAAAUGCCUUUGCAAGCUACAGGUGAAUCACUUGGGUAUGGCAGGGUAUGGCGACUGCCACCAGGUCAAUGCAACUUAUAUAAUUUUAUUAAUUGCAUGCAGGAUUAAUGGAGUUAUAUUACUAUGUGUAACAUAUAAUUUGUAUAUGUA